GCUCCAGUACCUGUGAAGCCACCUGAACUGACAGUAAAAUGGAAAAAAAGAAACAAAGAUGGAAACCAACUCUAUGCGAGGCCAAGAUCAAUCCGGAGUCAGUUACAUAAGGCUGACCACAGUCAGAAGACCAAUUCUACCACUAAUAACAGUCACUGUGAGGUGGCAUUUGAGCGCUUUCUACAAGAACUCCAGAGCUCACUGAAUGAUUCUUCAGACGAUCACCAUGAAGCACCACCACCAAAAGCUCCUCUUCUGGCUUCCUUGAACUGGAGCACAAGAAAAACUCUUUUUUCAGAGAGUUGGAGGGCCAAAAGACCCCAUCUGGUGAAAUGGAGUGGAGCAUAUCAAGAUGGGGCUGGUUUGACUCUAGGGGAGGAGGUGGAGCAGUGUAAUGCCUUUUUGUCAAGGAUUGCAGUUCCCACAAAACGCAUGUCCAAAGCAGGACGGAGGGACAUGCUAACUCUUAUGGCCAUGCGCUGGAAUCAACAAAAGCUAGACCAGUUGGCCCCCUCUCUGACCCAUCGAUAUCAGAAGGCCACAAAAGCUCUUCUAACCCAGCUUCAGAACCUGGAGUCCUUAAAAGUCCAAUUAGCAGUGACUGACAGUCAACUGGAUGAAUGGGUCAGUGAUGUAAAGGAGUGGGCAGAAGCAGCAACAACAAGGACAAGCAAUGUUGAUCCUUUAGUGAGCAGAACUGAAGUGCUCGUAGCGAGCAUAAAGAGACGAUCCCAGCGUCUUUAUAAAGACACCGAUGGAAACAAAGCCCGUGCCAAGAUUCGUCGUAAGAUCAGAGAAGAGAAAGGAAUCUUGACUUCUGCUGUGGAAAAAUACAACAGAAUGGUUCCAGACAAAGAAACUCUGUGCUUGGAAGAAAUUCUGUCUGGUGACACAAGCUGGCCGUGGCAGCGAGCACACAGCGACUCUGUCAGCCUUACAACAAAGAGAAGGGCAUUCGAUAUCAUCAUGGCAAUAAGAAGACUGGAGGAGGAAAAGAAGAUUCUUGUUAGAGAGAUGGACCAUCACUGGAAAUCUCUUUCAAAAUAUGAUGAUACCCUGAAAGAGCUGUCCGGCCUGUUUUCCACCCGCAUCGCACAACCGGUGGUUGGCCCCGCCAGUUCCGUGGCGCCGCUGGAGACCUCGCAUGCGGACACGGUGUUUGCUGUCUAUCCCACUCCGACAAGCUGA